UUUAACGUUUCCAAUAGAAGAAGUUGAGGAUGGUGCAUUGGAAUUUGGUUCUAAAAGCCCGAAAGGUAGAAGACGCCAUCAACGGUCCAAGACUCCAAGUCAUGCUCGCACUGUCCAGAGGGUUUAACCAUAGGUUUUUAACCUUCCACAGGCACCUUACUAGUCCUCUCAUGGCCAACAACGCUCCCCUGAAGCGCGUCGGCACUCACAAUGGGAGCUUCCACUGCGACGAGGCCCUCGGUUGCUUCAUGAUUCGCCUCACCGAUAAGUUCUGCAACGCCGAAAUCGUCCGCACCCGCGACAUCCAGGUGCUGGAGGGUCUCGAUGCUGUUCUUGAUGUUGGGGGUGUGUAUGAUCCAAUUCAAGAUCGGUAUGAUCAUCACCAGAAAGGGUUUGAUGAGGUUUUUGGGCACGGCUUCUUUACCAAGCUCAGUAGUGCUGGUCUUGUCUACAAGCAUUUUGGAAAGGAAAUAAUAGCCAAGGAACUUCAAGUUGAUGAAGGGCACCCGGAUGUGCAUCGGUUAUUUUUGGCUGUGUACAAGAGCUUCAUGGAGGCAAUCGAUGCUAUUGACAAUGGGAUCAAUCAGUUUGAUACGGAGAAACCUCCAAGAUACUUGAAUAAUACAAACUUGUCUUCAAGAGUUGGAAGAUUCAAUUUGGAUUGGAUAGACCCUGAUCAAUCACCUGAGAAGGAGAAUGAGGCCUUUCAACAAGCUAUGUCUCUGGCUGGUCAUGAGUUUUUAGAUAGUGUUAGGUAUCAUGCAAAAUCAUGGUUGCCAGCGAGGUCAAUUAUAGAGGAGUGUCUUGCAGCAAGACAGGAUAGUGAUCCUUCUGGAGAAAUUAUGGUUUUGAAUAGAUUCUGUCCUUGGAAGCUUCACUUGCUUGAGCUUGAGGAAGAGAUGAAGAUUGACCCUCUCAUCAAAUAUAUUGUCUAUCAGGAUGACAGGAACAAAACUUGGAGAGUGCAGGCAGUAGCCGUGUCCCCUGAUAGGUUUGAGAGCAGAAAGCCUCUUCCUUCUCAAUGGCGAGGACUAACAGAUGAUGAACUCUCAAGGGAGGUGGGUAUUCCUGGCUGUGUUUUUGUCCAUAUGAGUGGGUUUAUUGGUGGGAAUCGAAGUUAUGAGGGUGCUCUGGCCAUGGCAAAAGCUGCUUUGAAGCUCUAACUGAAGAAAAGUGAUCUGAGUCAGUGAUUUUAUUAGUUCGGAUUCUGAGAGAUUUUUGGCAUUUCUGCGGGAUCUACCUAUUUUUUUUUUUCCUGUUUCCAUUUUAUGUGCCUUGGGCAGCAAUUUUGAAGUCCCAUGUGGUUUCUCACAGCUUGUUGUGGGAUGCAUUUGGAAGAUUUUAGCUUUUGGUUAAUAACUUUUAUCCAUUUCCGAUUUCAGCAUGUA